UCCUGCUGCCACCCUGCUCUCUAGUCUACUUUCCCUUCCCAUCCUCUCUCUCCCACUAUAUCGCGAGAGAUAGGGAGCACAGAAAUAUUCAUAUGUUAGCAACAACUGUUAUAAAAUGAUAAUUAUAUCGCGGAUAUAUGAACGAAUUGUAUAAAACGCUGGAGCGUAAAAUAUAGGGAUAUAAAUUAAAAUUCUAAUGUAAGCCAACGCAAGAUUGCUAGUUGUUUUAUUAAUAGCUGGCUAGCUAAUAAUAAUAGCUAGCUACAUAUUAGCUAGCGAUUCGCCUGUUGGCUGUAGCACAUAUGGGAGGCACAAGUUAACGAUUAACUAGCUAACUGUAAAGUGGACACUAUUUUGAAGACAAGCGUGUACAAGUUAUUUUAGCCGUCAAGCACUGGCCUCGAGUUUCUGACGGAGCCGACAAUGGUUUGUGAAUUCCAGGCUGCAGUUGUGUUCUUGUGAAUGUGUGGUGGACCGUAAGCAGGGCGGCCACUUGUGAACCUCACCUAUUUACCUCGCCCCUUUGUCCUAUACCUCCUCCCUGACACCGAUUUCCCCCUGUCUUUUAUCAUAGACCUUUUUAAAUAUAUGAUAGCAUGUUGCACAGAGACAGACCCCCUAUAUUUCUACCUCUUCUCCGUCUGUGCUCAUCAGUGUGUUACGGUAGUCUUUUAGCUGAAGGUUUUAAAUGGGGGUGAAUCUACUCUAUGCCUGGUGUAGUACGGUACUUGAAUUCCCACUCAUUUGUAAAUUAGCCCUGAUGAGCUGUGCAGGUUUCAUUAAUCUACCUUAAGUGAUAAACCAAUCAGCAGCCGGCUAGUUGGCCAAUCAACUCCCCCCCACCCCCUCCUGGUAGAAUGAACGGCUCUCUUUUAACCCCACCUAGCCCGCGGGCAGCCAACUCCUCCCCCCUGCCCCCGUCACCCUCCCCCUCUCCGUCCCCUCCGUCCCCCUCCCUGUUGCCCCUGUUCCCUCGGCCACCCCCCCUGCCCCCUCCCUUGGCCCCUCCCCUGGCCCAGCCUCACCCCUCCUCGCUGUCGGACACCCCCACGCCCUCCCCCUGCCUGAGCUGGACGGAGUUCUGUGAGCUGCAUGCCCGCAUGGCGGCCGGGGACUUUGCCCGCCACUUCCGGGCGUUCCUCCUGGAGAACCCGCACUACUCCCCCGACUCUGCUGCCGCCUUCUGUCGCCGUUUCACUGACCGCUUUGUCCGCCAUUUCCAGAGCGAACUGGAGGGGGUGGCAGGGGCGCCGGGUACAGCCCCCAGAAUGGAGGCGGGGAGCUGGGCUCCCCAAUCAGACGCCACCUCCCUGGAAGAGGAGGCGGUCUCUCCCCCUCCUGUCGCCGAGGGAGCCUCCUACCACCCCUGUGCCCCAGCCAACCCGGUGCGAGCCCUGCCCAAGCCUGCCUCCACACGGCUGGUGUUGGAAACCCGAAGUGGGGACCAAUUUCAAGACUCCUAUGCUGUCACAACGGUCCUCCCCCCAUCCUCCUCCUCCUCCUGUUCCUCCUCAGUGGGAGGAGGAAACAACGGCAGGCGGGAAGAGAGGGGUGCCCUGGUUACUGUUAAACACUUCCCUGGUGUCGGCCCGGGCAAUGGAGAAACGACGGCCGAGGAAGAGGAGGAUAGUUGGGCGGGCGUAACGGUCAUGGGGGAGGAGGGGGAGCCAGAUGAGGGGGAGGCGGAACUGGAAGUUUGCUUGGACAAUGAAGACCCCUCCCACAUGCCCCAAACGCCUGCCUCCCCUUGCUCCGACACAUCCCCUCCCAGCUCCAAGGGUAACGGCACCACGGCCUCGGCAGGAAGCCAGUCCAAAACCAAACUGAAGAAGCGCUUCUCUCUGCGGAGUGUUGGGCGCAGCGUGCGGGGCAGUGUCCGGGGCAUCCUGCACUGGCGCAGCUCAUCCAGCGACUCCCCCCAGAGCUCCUCCCAGCUGCCCUCCAGCUACAGCUACACCAUGGGGGUCCAGGACGCUGCCGCUGGCUCUUCCUCCAAGAGGAUCUCUGGCACCCAGCCCCCCACGCCCACCUCCUCCAUGCCUGUCUCCCUCUCCCUGCCCCUCUCCCUCCCCCACUCCUCCUCCUCCUCCCUGCCCCCGUCUUCCUCCAGCAGUGCCACCUCCCUCUCGCUAUCGGAGGCGCGGGACCGCCGGCGGAGCAAUGGCGAGGGGGGAGAGAAGGAGAAGUGGAGCCACCGGCUGGAAAAGCUGCGUCUGUCUCGCUCCCCACCCCCCGUUCUCUCCUCGGCGCCCACUUCGGCCGUGGUGUCGCCUUUCUCCGGCCUGCCCCCCAGCAGCAGCAGCAGUGCCACCCCGAGGAAGACGGGCCGGCUGGUGAGGGAGGGAGGAGUCAGCGUCAGCUCCUCCAUGCCAGAUGAGUUUGCCGGGAGCCACGGUGGUUUCCCUGGCUUUUCCUUCGGCCUGCUGCACCACGGCACACAAGAACACAACAACGCUGGCACCGGCUUAAACAACACCUCGUCCACCGCUAACGCCGCUCAGACAGCUGCAGUACAGCCUCUCGUCCCCGGGGGCACUGUGGGCUGGAGGGGUGGUCGGUGGCACAAGUGCCGACUGGUCCUGAGGGAGAGGGACAAAGAGGGGGAGCGGGGCGAGGAGUACUAUCUGGAGUUCUUCAUUCCGCCUAAAUCCUCUAAGCCCAGGCUAACUAUCCCAUGCUGCUCUAUUGUGGAUGUGAGGAGCACCACAGCCCUGGAGGUGCCUGACAAGGAGAACACCUUCCUCCUGCAGUUGGAGGGACAGGUGCAGUAUGUGAUUGAGACGCGAGAUGCUGUGCAGAUGAGAGCCUGGUUGAGUGACAUCAGGAACGGUAUAUGUAUCAGUGAACAGGAGGACGUAGAAGGUGUGUGUGGGGGACCCAUGGACAUCAGUGGAACGCCAGAAUUCAGUGACCGCCUCUCUCAAGUGUGUUAUGGAGGUGUGGGCGGCUCCUCCCCGCUGAUGGACCCUCUCCCCCCAGAGUUACCGCCCCGCGCCCCUCUGGACGAAUCAGACGGACGUGGGGGCGGAGCCGGCCUGGGCACACCAUUUGCGGAGACGCCAGAUGCCACAGGCUCCUUCCUGUUCUCAGACGUGGCGGAGGCGGUGGAGCACCCUCUGAGCGAGUGCCAGUGGUUCCACGGGACGUUGUCGCGCCUCAAAGCGGCCCAGCUGGUGCUCGCGGGGGGUACGGCCAGCCACGGUGUCUUCCUUGUGCGCCAGAGCGAGACACGCCGCGGGGAGUACGUCCUCACCUUCAACUUCCAGGGCAAGGCCAAGCACCUGCGUCUAUCUUUGAACGAGGAUGGCCAGUGCCGGGUGCAGCACCUGUGGUUCCAGUCCAUAUUCGACAUGCUGGAGCACUUCCGCGUGCACCCAAUCCCCCUGGAGUCUGGGGGUGCCUCGGACGUCACCCUCAUCAGCUUUGUGGGCGCCACCGCCGUCCGGCAGCCAGACUUGACCAGCAGACCCCGUAGCCCCCCCCAGCCUCCUCCUCCACCCCUGCCCCCCGGCCGGCCGCCACCCCCAACCCCACCCCAGGAACGAGGGACCGAGACAGAGCUGGGGGGUGGAGGAGGAGGAACUGCAGCAACUGCAGGAGGAGGUGCAGGAGAAGGAGUGGAGGACUGGGAGGAGAGGGAAGCUCCUCUCCGCCAACUGGAUGGGAUGGAGGGCGAAGAGCGGGAAGGAGGGAGGGCAAGAGCCAUUGACAACCAGUACUCCUUCUUCUGAGGAGGGAGGGGGGUGUUUGUGCGAAAGGGAGAGUGGAGGAGGUGGGAGUCAUAGCCAUUCAUAACCAGUAUUUGUAUUUUAUUACGAGACUGUGAGGGGAGGGGGUUAGAAGGACGUACUAACACUAUUAAAACACAAGCAUUCUGGGAGAUUCAGCAAGAUUGAGAGAAAGAGAAAAUGGGUGAUAGAGAAGAGAGAGGGAUGGGAGCACCUUACAACACUAAAUAAAGGUACACUAAUGUUUAGCGAGAUAAGCUUUUUUGCCGGUACACCUCUUGGUACGCUUUUUGUUGACUUUUGAAUCAAUUUAUGGAUGUAGGUAGUGAGAGAUAUAUCCUCUGAACCCAGCAGUACCAUACCUCAAUAUCCUGCAGAUAUUCUACUGGCCAACAGUAUACUUUCACAGAGGUAGAGAUGGAGGGCAACCAUAUACUUACAAGGUGGCAAAGAGACUAAGCUAGAACCGGCAGGCAGGAUACAUAUACCUCAGUCACUCUUUCAACCUCUUUCUCUCUCUUUCUUUUUCUCUCUCCAGUCAUUUUCUUGUUUUCUUUAAUGGUAGAGAAGUGGCCAGAGGUAGAGAGAGAGCGAUUAUAUCUUUCCUUCAGAUAAAAAAGUACUUUAUUAUUGAUAAUAAUAAUAAUGAUAAUGGAAAUAUGAUGAUGGUCGGAAAUAAUAGUAUUAAUUUUAUUUUGUUUUUUUAAAUGCCUUUUAUUGUAUGUUGUUUACUCCAUGUAAUGUGUAACACUUGUUCUUGCCCCCAUCCGGUUAUUUCAGUUGAAAUUUGUUUGUGCCUUUUUUUAUAUUGCUAAGCCUCAUACUCAGUCUUUCCCUCACGCUCAUACUGUCCUCUCCUCCUGGACCUCAUCCUAAUUUCAUUUUAAUGUGCAGAAAUAGAAAAUAAGAAAAAUAUAAGGGGGGGGGAAACAUUUUUCUACUCGUGCCUUUCUGUGUUGUCACCUCUGUCAUACUCCUUCAACCUGUGCCUAGGUUGUGUAGCCAUGUCCGCCUGUCUGCCAUUCAGUUCAGUGCCUCUCUCUUUCUUUCUCUUUGUAUCUCCCUCCUUCCUCUCUUUGUUUAUACCUUUCCUUCUUCUGUUUGUCCUCCACUCUACUCAGAGCCUUGUAAUCAUCUUUUACACAUAUUACCCAUCCCCCUGUUCAUCCUUUUCAAAUGUUGAACUCUAUUUGUGCCUUUCUGUCUCUGUCUGUCUCUCGCUCUCUCUUUUGCUGGGACCUUGUGUUGACGGUGGGCAGGGUUUUGUCCAACCUGUGUGGUUAGUUUCAGGUACUACAUUGAAUUUAAUGAUAAUAUGAUAUAAUAUAAUUAUACUGAAACAUUAUGGCCUCGUGUGUUGUUGCUUUGGUUCACUGUUAUUGUUUCUUACUGAAUAAAGGGGAAGGAUGUAAA